AUGGCUACAAUUGCUCCGAGAUGCCGGAUGAGCGUGAAGCUGGCGAAGCAGGCUUUGCUCUGCACCCGGCCGCUAUCGAAGAAGGCCGCUGCUUGUACUCGAUUGGGGGCUGUGGCUGCACAGAGGAGCCUCAUCACCGUCCAGGAUCGGUUGAAGUCGACGAAUUUGGGGGAGACGACCUCAAAGACUGAUAAGGCGACACUCUCGUUGUUUGGUGUGACGGACACGUUGGAGGGAGACAAGCAAAAGUAUUCCGAUGCGUUGACCCAGGCCGCUUCCGCUUUCCAUGACGCCGAGCAGAUCUUCAAUGACCCGAGCUUUGAGUCGAAGAAAGGAUGGUCGGUUGAUGAGAAGGUUGAUGAAGAUCUCCGAGUCUACUCGAAGAAGACUGAUAAAGCUGUUGAUAUGGUCGCAGUAACGUCGGUUCUGCUCGGCCACGUCGACUGUGUGCACCUCGAUGUUUGGACCCAACCCGACGAUCUCAAAAAGUGGAAGAAAAUGGUGGAUCACUCAUGCUUUGUCGCCCAACUCACCGACCACGCCGAUAUCAUUCACGGGAGCACCAACAGCAUGCUCGUCAGUGAUGGUCGAGACUUCGUCACGGCCAGGAUUUGGCGCAAAAUUGGCGAUAGUUACAUCAUCGCUUCAAGAAGUGUCGACGUUGGGGAGGAGCCGUAUGAGGGGAAAGUCAGAGGAACAGUCCAUCUGGCGGCUUGCCGAUUGCGUCCCGAUCCGGAAGACCCGAAGCACAAAACCCUCUGUGACGUCAUCGCCCACGUUGACCCAAAGGGAAACAUCCCCAAAGCUGCAGUGAAUAUGGUGUGCAGCAAAUUGGCCCUGAUGGAGGCGAAGGCGCAGAAGAAGCACUUCGAGAUGUUACAAGGCCAGGGAAAGCUUGGCAAGCAA